AGAAGUUCUCCGGUGGCAAAGAGGCGUUCCCCAUCGAUAUCUUCCAAGCAUAGGAAAAGUUCUCCUUCCAGCAGGUCUAAUCGUGAAACCCGAUCUCCACUACAAAACAAACGGCAUUCACCAUCUCCACGGCCUAGAGCUUCACAUACUUCUGCAAGUCCACCGCCUCUGCGAAGGGGGACUUCAUCUUCACCCAAACGGAGACAGUCUCCAUCUCCAAGCAGUAGACCCAUCAGGAGAGUGUCAAGGACCCCGGAACCCAAAAAGACAAAGGCUUCCACACCAAGUCCACAGUCUGUGAGAAGGGUGUCUUCGUCCAGGUCUGCAUCAGGAUCGCCUGAGCCAGCACCUAAGAAACACCAAGCACCUCCAUCCCCUACUGGGUCUCGAUCCCCCUCCACUAACUGGUCGCCGCCACAUGUGAAAAAGGCUCAAAGUCCUACGCAGAGUCCAUCCCCUGCAAGGAAUUCUGACCAGGAAGGUGGUGGGAAGAAAAAGAAGAAGAAGAAGGAUAAGAAGCAUAAAAAGGACAAAAAGCACAAGAAACACAAAAAGCAUAAGAAAGAGAAGGCUGCAGCUGCUGCAGCAGCUGCUGCUGCUACUUCAGCUGCUACUUCAUCAGCCCAGGAAGACCCAGAAGCAGAGACAGAGCCCAAAAAGGAGACAGGGAGCGAAGCAGAAGAUAACCUGGAUGAUUUAGAAAAACAUCUGCGAGAGAAGGCACUGAGGUCGAUGAGGAAGGCACAAGUGUCACCACCAUCUUAGGCUGAAACCUUUGAUAUAAUGUACAUUUUAUUUGGUUUGUACUCCGAAUUCAAUUUCAAAUUGCUAAAAUGUGUUUGAGCUUUAGAAUAUAACAUUUGUUGUAAUAAUUGCUAGGUUGAGGUUCACCAUGUAAAAAAGGCAUGGAUUUACAUUACAAAAAACAUCCACAGUGUACUAGUGACAUUCUUUCAUUGACAGUAGAGUGAAACUUUUUAGAAGCAGUAAGAUGGGUCAAGGUUUUUAAAAAUGACUGGCAACCUCAGUUUCUUUAAAAUGUACCAAAACCUAUACCAUUUUUUACAAAGUUCUCAUUUUGUUUUGUUUUUUUAUCCACUUACAUUGCUACUAACCUUUGUGAUUUAUAAGCUUGCCCAGAAAUGAAACCACUUCAGUUGCAAGGGAAGUACAUAUGAUAUUUUAAUGCCAUAAUUGCUCUAUUGUUACCUGUGUAGUUGCCACUAAAGUGAAUCAAGAACGGUAUGUAAAUGAAAGCAUGUCGUUUGCCAGGACACUGUGGGUUUAUAUUGAUGUAAUAAGAUGAUUUGGAACACUGGAAUUUCAUUUGUAUUUUUGUUCUUUUUUUAAAAAGGACAGUUUCUUUAUCAGCAGUCCCAGAGAAGUUCCACACUUACAUAAAUUUUGUUUGUGAAAAGAUGUUGUAGCCCCAUUCAUGAUUCUUGUCUGGUUGCGGUUCUUCUUAAUGGUAUACGUAGCUUUCAGAGAUGAUGUCUUUGAAAGCCCGAAGGACCUGAACUUUGGAUAUUGUCAUGUUUUCACUGUUUUUCUGUUUUUUUAACUAAAGCUAUAUAAAGCUUGUGGAUUAAACAAAAUAAAUUUCUAAAUUUAAAGA